AUGGAUGAGCUUUAUAGUAAGCUAAAGCGACCUUUUAAUGGUACUUGGGAUUUUGUGGAGUCUGACGUGGGAGCCUUCGAGAACAUACUGAUCAGACUUCUCGUCAAAGACAUAUUAAUCUUCAAAUCCAUCUCUAAACUCUGGUACGAUGUCAUGUCCACAAAGUAUUUCGUCAUUUUACACCGAUUAUUGUCCAAAGAAAACAGCAAAUUUUUAGCCUUCUAUGAUCCCGGUUUUCUCGAAGAUGGAAUCGUUCGUGGAAUCCAUCUAAUGGAAUCCAACGGGACUUACACUGAAUCAUACACACUUCCUGGUUUUGAAAAUGUACAUCACCCGCUUUUAAUCUCUUCCUUCAAUGGUCUAAUUUGUUGCAUAAAUGACGUGAGUCAAUACCGGAUGUUGUAUGAUAUAGAGUUACGCAUUUGCAACCCCGCCACUCGUGAAGUCGUGCUCCUCCCUAAUAGCUACAUAUCUGUCUACAUGCCUGUUUUCGGGGUUUUAUAUUCGAACAAUUUCCAUAUUUAUAAGAUAUUCAAGCUUUUUAGCGAUCCGAUUUAUUUUGGAAUGGGGUUUUCACAAUGUGAAGUUUAUUCUUCGGAAACGGGAGAAUGGGAAUUACUUGGAAGCAUUCCUUCACAUCCACUAAUGAAUCUUAGGCAUACAUUGGCCUCAAAUCAUGUUUGCAUUAAUGAAAAGUUAUAUUGGUUUAUAUCAGAUGAAGAGGAGUUUGAUAUACCUUCUUCGAUUCUUAUGGUUGAUAUGGAUUGUAAUGUCAAGGAAAUCCCGCUUCCAACCGAGGCAGAAAUUUUAUUCUUGAUCGACUUCCAUGAUCGGCUUUGCUUAGUGGAAUGGACAUGUGGGAUAAUUGUUUUAUGGCUUUAUAAUGAGGCGAGGGGAAGUUGGUAUUCGAAGAAGGCACCCCCGUUUCCGGGUAAUUGGUUGGAAGUUGCUCAGUUUGACUCGGUUGUUGCGCAUAAAUAUGAGAUAUUACACCAAUUGUCGUGUUUCCGUUCUUUGAAACUCUCGUGCCGUGUAAUAGCCACUGGCAAUGAAGAGCAAAAAGAUCCUGCAAGAAUGAAGGUUACUGGUGGCAGAGUGGCGGCAGUGGUGGUGGUUCUCUUAAAAAACUGUGUGUGA